AUGCGCGCCCCGCCGCCGCUGCUGCUGCUGCUGCUGGCCGCCUGCGCGCUGCCGCCCUGCGCCGCGGCCGCCCCGACGCCCCCAGGCUGGGAGCCGGCGGCCGACGCGCCCUGGUGCCCCUACAAGGUGCUGCCCGAGAACACCGAGGCAGGCGGCGGGCGCCUGUGCUUCCGCAGCCCCGCGCGCGGCUUCCGCUGCCAGGAGCCCGGCUGCACGGUGCACGCCUCGGCCGGCCACUUGCUGCGCGCCAGCGUCCUGCGCAACCGCAGCGUGCUGCUGCAGUGGCGCCUGCCGCCCGCCGAGGCGCGCCGCGUUCGCGCCUUCGCACUCAACUGCUCGUGGCGCGGCGCCUACACGCGCUUCCCGUGCGAGCGCGUGCUGCUUGGCGCCUCCUGCCGCGACUACCUGCUGCCUGACGUGCAUGACGGCGUGCGCUACCGUCUGUGCCUGCAGCUGCUGCCGCUGCGCCCCGAGCACGCCGCCGCCGCCGGCCCGGAGUCCUCCGGGCCCACCGAGUGCGUGGAGUUCGCCGCCGAGCCGGCCGGCAUGCGGGAGAUCGUUGUGGCCAUGACGGCGGUGGGCGGCUCCAUCUGCGUCAUGCUCGUGGUCAUCUGCCUGCUCGUGGCCUACAUCACCGAGAACCUCAUGCACCCGGCCUUCGGGCGUCCGGGCCUGCGCAGGCAACCCUGAAGCUGGAGACGGCUGCCCACCGGGGCUCUGUCUGCCGACAAGUGCGCGGGUGACCCCAGGUCCGCUCUGCCCUCCUGGUUCCUGCUCCCUUCUUAGGAUUUCCACGCGGGGCUUGCCGGAGAUGGAUAGGGCACCGGCCGGCCCGAGCCAGGGCCUUGGAGUCAUCCCACGACUUGACCAGCCCGGCAUCCGCUUCCCAGAAUCCAGUUCGGGACUGGCCCUUGGGCCUGGGCAGGGGUGCCAGCCACAUCCAGGGCUCUUCCCACUCUCCAGAGGCCUGUAUAGGGGCCGCCGGGAUUUAGAGCCCCUUCUAGCAAGAGCCUUUGGCACCCCCGGUUGUCACCCUGCGUCUCCAGCCUGUACCAAGUUGGAGUAACCAGGCUGCCUUCAUUGCUUGGUCACUGCGCUUUGCCGCUCGAGGCCCCCUCGGAGCUUCUCCUCUCUCCACCCCCACCCCUGUGGGCUUAGGUUAGCCUUGUGCCUUAGUAUCUCUGGCCCACUGCAGGAGCCAACCACCCUGUCCCGUGCAGUCCAAGGGGAUCUGUGGCUCUGAGAUUGUCUGGCUGUGUGCGCUUUGGGCCAGAGUCCCCCUGAGUACCUCCCUUCAAGCUUUGCAGGAGCCUCAGUAAACAGCGGUCCAUGGUGUGUCCCUGUGUGAGUGUCUGGCAAGCUGGGAGACAUAAUGUAGCUCAGCAGGCAGGGCCUGGCAUCCAGCUGCUCCAGGGGUGAGUGUCCUCUGACCUUGGGGGAAGCUAGCAGCUCUCCAGGGCUGGGACCUCCCCUUGUCUUUUUGCAGUGCUGCCUCUGAUGAGGACUUUGGUGAGUAGGAGCAGGUGUCUGGGAGAGGCCUGGUCUGAGAGGGCAGUGUUGGGUCCCGGAGAGCAGAAUAGAUGCCAACCUUGCCCAGCUGGAUCUUGCACUGUGGUCUGAAUCCCAGGCCUCAACCACAGCAUGACGGACUGUACCACCCCACCUCUUCUUGCGCUGGGGGCCAGUGAUGCCUCCCCACACACCCACUAUGGAUGGAAGGCUGGCCUUGCCCCUCUCCGGGCAGAUGCACACCCUAGCUGAGGCUUCUUCCUGCGUCGACGACCCGGCGAUGCCCACUCUCCAUGAGCCCCUGACUGUGACCACCCUGGACCUGGCACUUCUGGAGUCACUGUGGCUAACCCUUCACACCCAUACCCUCACCCCAGUGGCCACCAGCAACCCCAGGCCCUGGCUGGUGCCCCCGCAGCACCCACUCCCUACCUCUGUCUUCGCUCUGCCCGCCCCUGGCGUGGCGCUGGUCAGGUGUGAACCUGGCCCCAGUGUCUAA